AUGCCUGCUCACGAAUCUAAUAAAGUCAUUCACCUUGAACAUCCUUCUGGUUCAAAAGCUGAAAUUGCUCUUUUUGGCUCAACCCUUACUAGUUGGGUGGUUGAUGGUAAAGAACGUAUUUUUGUUAGUAAAUUAGCCAAACGUGACGGAAGCAAAGCUAUUCGUGGAGGAAUUCCAAUUUGUUUCCCUAUCUUUGGCACUAAAGAGACUAUUAGUCUUCCCCAACACGGCUUUGCUCGUAAUACAUAUUGGGAAUACCUUGGAAUUGUCACUGAUAACGAUAAGGUCUCGGUCCGUUUGGGAUUAAAAGACACCCAACUUUCACAAGAAGCCAGAAAUGCAUGGCCACACUCUUUUCGCUUAAUUUAUACUGUCACAUUGACAAAGAGUUCAUUGGAAACAGUCUGUACUUUGAAGAAUGAAGAUGAAGACACAUUUGAGUUCAACACGCUUCUUCACACCUAUUUUGCAGUUCCUGACAUUGCCAAAGUGCAGAUUCAAGGAUUGACUUCUUGUGAAUAUAUUGACAAAGUACAAGGAGGUGCCAAAGCCUUGGAGAAAAAUGAAAAGAUAACAAUCUCACAAGAAAUAGACAGAGUUUAUAAGAAUGUGCAGGACAAGCUUCUUCUUGAAAUUGGCGAUGGAAAUGUCAUUUGCAUAGAGAAGAAUAACUUGAAAGACACAGUUGUAUGGAAUCCUUGGAUCGAAAAGGCAAAGGGUUUAAAUGAUUUUGAUGAUGAAGAGUAUAAGAGCAUGGUGUGUGUUGAAGCUGGAAGUGUAGCUGAUUGGGUUAAACUGGCAGGAGGUCAAACCUGGACUGCAGGUCAAAUUUUGACAGUUCUCUAA